AUGACGUCCAACGCGCCGGAGACGAUCCAGGCCAGGCGGCAACGACUAUCAUCAGUUCCGCGGGCGUGCGAGGGUUGCAAGGUCCGCAAGAUCCGUUGCGACCGUACAGUUCCCUGUUCAAACUGCCAAAUAUCGAAGAUAACAUGCCGUCAUCCGAAUGAGCGGACAAAAGGUCAGCUGCAGGUGGAGAAGAUAGCGAACCUUGAAGCCCUUGUGGAACGCCUGGAUAGACAAUACCGGGAUCUCGAGUCCAGGCUAGCCGCUGUGGAGUCUUUACCGCGCACAUCAGUGCAGGCUGAAGAAGGCGCCCCAUCUGCUGGAGCUCGCCCUGUAGAAGAAGGAGGUCAUGGUGGGCGUCUCUUCGAGGGCCCCUCUUCAUUCGCAAACCAGUCCCUUCAAGCGAGCGCCGUUCUCUCCGCGUCUAUAGCGGGAGACGCUGACCCAAACAUUGGAUUUUCAGUGGAUUAUCUCCAAAACACCCUCCAUGAUUCUCGCGAACUCACAGAGAGCCUCUUUUUUCUUCGCUCAUCGGCCUCGCGACCUGCACCUGGGCCAUCGGGCAAGCAUCUUCCAGUUACGCUGGUGACUAGCUUACUACGCAACAUAAGAGCCCGCCGCCCUAUCUUCCUCUCCUCAUAUGCUAUCAACGAUCUCCAGCUGGUCGAGGGUCUCUGCCGGAAAGUCUAUUCUUCAACAACGAGCCAGGCAUCCAUCGGGCAGAUAGCCUGUGCUCAUGGUGUCUUUUUCUUUGUCUUGAAAGAACUCAUCGCAAUGAAAGACAGCCUAUGUCAGAGGUUCGAUCUCCCUGCUUACCUGGACCAAUGCGAGCAGACCUUCGUCACGGCGCUUGAGUCAUACGAGGUUCUCGUUGUCCCGAGCUUCGAGCACAUCCUCGCUCUGACUAUGGGAAUGGUCAAAGCCCAGGGCGAAAUCAAACCCUCCCUGUACUGGUCUCUCGCCUCCGCUGCCGCAACGCAAUGCCACUCCCUCGGGUACCACCGCGAAUCCACCUAUCGACAAAUCCCAUCUGCCAAGGCAGAGAGCAUCCGACGCCUUUUCUGGACGGUGUACGUCUUUGACAAGAACAUGUCGCUCGUCCUUGGUCGCGUGUCGAACAACAUGCACAGCUCCCAAAUCGACACACGGCAUCCUUUUGUCUCCACCGACUCAGCGCUACGUGCGUGGGAUGAGUCGUUUAUCAUGGGGAUUAGGCUGGCGGGGCUUCAGGAGCGAAUAUUCACAAGCCUGUAUUCUAGUGCCACUGCUGUUGCAGAACCUGAUGAACGGGCAGCUCUUGUCCGAGAGAUUGCAGGGGAUAUGGAGCGGUGGUAUCUCGAUUUGAAACAGAUCAACCCGACCGGGAUCAACAACCCACAAGUCUUCGCCAUGUCCCGAGGAAACUGGGAUAUCUCCUUCUACUCCACCUUGACACUGCUUCACCACUCCUCGUCCGCCAAAACAGGAUCAGGAGCAGGGUACCAUAUUAGCUCGGAGUGCUUCAGCGCUGCACGCAACAGCCUCCUCGCGCACCUCACCUGCUUCCCGCAGUACCAGAACUCGGGCCUCCUUUCGGACGGCGAGUACGUGAAUUGGAUCCUGCUUUUUUCGUCCCUCACGCCGUUCCUCGUGGUAUUUUUGCACGCCAUUGCCGCAAAGGAUACGGAGAGCGCCGAGCUCCUCUCCAAGGUCGUCGGUACCCUUGAGACGUUCCGCCGCGCUUCGAAGGGCUCGGAGAGGUUGUAUCAGGUUUGUGCGACGUUUGCCCAGAUUGCGGGGCGGUUAAUGGACGGGGACACCGAACGACUGUCAUCGCUUUCUACCGUUGGAACUCUAGAAGAUACGCACAUGCACGUGCCCUCGCGGAUGCUUGAACCAUCCAACACAGACAGCAGUCCAGGCCCAGAAUUCAAUUCAGCCAUCCACCUGCACCGCGAAACAUUCGAAGAUGUCUUCGCGAGUCUAAAUCACGAUGGAAAUCUGGGUGUGGACAUGGAUAUGGACUCGGUGUUUGCAACUGAGCUCCUGGACGACUGGUUCACUGGGCAGCCGUUUCUGGGGAAUCGGUUUGAUCUGGAGUUUGGACUUUCAGGUGCGGGAGAAGGCGCAGGUGCAGGUGACUUUCGUUAUUUUGCGUAG